AUUAAACUGGUCAUAAAGAAAUUAUGACACCCUUAUGGUGAUGAAAAUACAGGCAAUGGCCCUGAAAGAUAGAAUGGGCAGUUGUCAUAAGGUCAAUGAGUCCGUGGGUAGAGAAGGAACACAUGCUACCGCAAUUAAACAUUUUUAUGUCGUGGUCAUUGAUUUUACAAUAUGUGCUAAAGUAAACAGGAACUGACAGGGGGAAACUGUAAAGCUUACUCUUAGGUUUGUGUUUAUCAGGAAAAAAGUUUAGUCACAAUGAAAUGGAAGGUACUUGGCAUUCCCAGCUGAUUUCCAGUUUAUUCUUCCUUUCCCAUUCUGAAAAAACAUGCUCAACGUUUUCAUAAGUUCUUCCAGGAGAUUGGUGAUUCCUGCACUUGCAGAUAAGAUAAUGCAUUCUUUGUUGAACUCCGUCACAUAGAGCUUUAAAAGGAGUGGUUUACUGCCACGUCCCAUUCAGUCCGUUGUCUGUCAAUAAGCCAGCAUGUCUGUAGACUUCUCCAAAAAUGCUACGGAAAGACCAGAGCCUUGCAAUGCAGAGGUUGUGGGAAGCAUUCCUGACUGGCUGCAAGGCACGCUGGUGCGGAACGGCCCUGGGCUCUUCUCUGUGGGGGAGACCAGCUAUGAUCACUGGUGUGACGGGAUGUCAUUUCUAAACAGCUUUUCCUUCAAAAACGGUAAAGUGACUCACAGAAGUAGGUUCCUCAGAAGUGACACCUACAACUCAAACAUGGCUGCAAACAGAAUUGUUGUUUCCGAGAUGGGUACUAUGGCUUAUCCAGAUCCGAGCAAGAACUUCAUUUUUAAGGCAAUUACUUUUCUCAACCACACUGUGCCCGAUUUCACUGAUAAUGCUGCGAGCAACAUCAUCAAGUAUGGGAAUGAUUACUAUGCCACUUCUGAAACCAACUACAUUCGCAAGAUUGAUCCUUUCACCUUGGAAACUCAAGAUAAGGUGGACUACAUGAAAUUCCUGCCUGUUAAUCUGGUUUCAUCCCAUCCACACUAUGACAGGGAGGGCAAUGUCUAUAAUGUUGGUACUUCAAUUGCUGAGAAGGGAAAGACGAAGUACAUUUUUUUUCAAAUCCCCGCUGUUACAGAAAAAGAGAAGGACAAGAAUACCCCUGCACUGAAAAAAGUGAAAGUGAUCUGCACAGUUCCCUGCCACUCUCUUCUCAGUCCCAGCUACUAUCACAGCUUCGGCAUGACUGAAAACUACAUCAUCUUCAUUGAACAGCCUUUCAAGCUCGACAUCCUCAAGAUGGCCACUGCCUAUAUGAGAGGGGUGAACUGGGCAAGCUGCAUGAAGUUUUUCCCUGAGGAAAAUACUCUCAUCCACCUGAUAGAAAAAAAGACUGGCAAAAAGGUUGAGAUGAAGUACCACACGGGAUCAUUGGUGGUCUACCAUCACGUGAACGCUUUUGAGGAUGAUGGCCAUGUGGUCCUUGAUGUCAUUGCCUACAACGAUACCAGCCUCUAUGAGAUGUUCUACAUGAGCCGCCUGAAGAAAGAUAUUAGUUUCCAAAGCAACGGCUACACCAAACCAAACUACAGAAGAUUUGUACUUCCUAUCAGGUCUGACAAGGGCAUUGCAGUGGGGGAGAACAUGGUGAAACUCAGAUACACAACUGCCACCGCUGUGAAGCAGAAAGAAGGCAAAUUGACAUGCCAGGCCGAAGUCCUGUGUGAAGGUUUUGAAUUGCCUCGCAUCAAUUAUGACUUCAAUGGCAAGAAGCACCAGUUUGUCUAUGGAAACAUCGUGGAAGAAUCAGUACUGUCAACUCAGGUUGCAAAGUUUGACACAGAAACCAAAAAAAUGGUUCACUGGAGUGAAGAAAACUGCUGGCCCUCAGAGCCGGUGUUUGUCCCCAGACCAAACGGCGAGUCAGAGGAUGAUGGAGUCGUCCUGGUCUCCGUCAUCAACUGUAUACCGGGUCAGUCGAGUUUCAUCCUGAUCCUCGAUGGCAGAAAUUUUAAAGAAGUAGCUCGAGCAAAUGUGAACACUGAGCUUCACCGAGACAUGCAUGGAUUUUUCAUUCCACACACCAAUUGAGCAAGUGUUUGUAGAUUUAAAAGCAAAAAGACGUGUCCAUUUAUGUGUCAGGACUAUCUACUAACCGGUUUCCGGUAAAGAACAGCCUCUCCUGCCUGUAUUUAUAUGGUGCCUGCAUUUUCAGGAUUCUGUUCAUUUUUUAACUAACAUACCUGACCUGCUUUUAUACGUUCAACUUUAAUUUUCAUUAAUUUUUUUUAAACAAAUUACAUUUUCUGCUAUCAUUGUAUUCUUAACCAAAAAUAAACACAUACAUGAACAUGUAUUUUCUUUAAUUUUUAUACAGUUAUGCAGAGUUGUGUUUUGUAGAAAUAGUAAAAUGCUAUUUUUCCUUUUUAUUAUAUCUAUGUAGUUGUAUGGGAAGUUCCUUUAAUUAGUCAAAGUUGCAAAGUAUGUUGCAGCCGUGCUCCUUCAUGCUGUAUGUUGCUUUUACAAGAUGCAUUUAAGAAUAAGGCAUUAUUUGAUGUGAAAGCCUCUAAACCUCUCGACUAAAGUAAUGACUCUUUAAAACCUGCAGAAUGAAUUACAUCUCAUGCUCACUGAUUUGAUUUCUUCCUAUUUAAAUGAAGGGACCCACAUUAUCAUUGUUGUAUCAUUUUUUCCUGACUUUUAAGGUACCAGUACUAAUGAUAUUCUCAGUGACUUUAUUCACUUUCACAUCAGAAUAACUUUAUAGAAAUAGUUUUACAAGAAAUGAAAACAUGGGGUUAGUUAAGAAGGCAGACAGAAGUGCCUAGAAACAGCAGGAAUAUUUCUAGCUUAACUUUCAAGUUUGGCAUUUUUACAGCCCUAGUUCCAACCCCAGCUGGGUCCUUUCUGUGUGGAGCCUCCAUGUUCUUCUCUUGCAUGAGUGGCUUUUCU